AUGUUAAAACAUACGGCAUACAAACGCAAGAAGUCAUUUGCAUCUAAAGAGGCCAACAACGUGAAGCAAAUGCUACUAGACGACAGGCUGAAGAACUCUGCUUUUAAAGAUUUCUUGCUUAAAGUAGAUGUGGCCAAAUUUGGAAAUAAAAUUGUAGGAAAGAAACAAAAAGAGGAAGAGGAUGGCGAAGGAAGCAUGGAUGAGUUGGUGAAGGGGGGCAGACAAGGAGCUUCUUGCCCCUCCAGCAACCAAACAUUGUGGGGGCUGGGACAAGCGGGGGCGUGCGGUUCCUUCUGCUGCCUACUUGUUGCCACGAUGACGAAUUAUUGGUUGAAGACCUGGGAGAGGUCUUACACGUUCAACGGCACUGUUUACUAUCAGAUUGUCUACAGUGGCCUCUGGAAGAGAUGCAGUGAAGAUAGCCACAACUAUGAAACAAUUUUAAAAACCGGAAAUGUGUAA